UUCGCUUUGGCUCUUUUCCUCUUUCAAAUAUUUUUCUUUGAUGGUUUCGGUUUACUUUGAGUAAUUUCGUCGAAGAGCUGGUGGGCGACGGCGGCGGAUAACAAUGGCCACCCCUGUCGGAAACACGAUUAUCGGGAUCAGGGGAGCCCCUAUUACGUGUGUGAAGGAAGAUAUGAAUCGCAAUUAUCGAGGUAUUUGGUACGGAGAUAGCCCUUUUAACUUCGUAUUUCCUACGGUUCUGGCCAAAGUCAUCGUCAUUACUCUUAUUUCCCGCGGAUUGUUCGUGCUUCUCAGGCCUCUCAAGCAACCCAAAUUUGUCUGCUAUGUUCUGGGAGGCAUUAUCUUAGGACCAUCAUUUAUAGGAGGCAUCCCAAUAGUAAAAGCUACAUUAUACCAACCAAGAGAGACUGAAUUGUUUCGCACACUGGCCAUUAUCGGUGGACUAUAUGCAGUUUUCCUUGUGGGAGUAAAGAUGGACUCAUCUCUUAUAGCAAGGUCUGCAAAGAACAGUUGGAGGAUUGGGAUAUGCGGUUUCUUAUUGGCUUUAACAGUCACUUCAACUCUCAUCUUCACACAACUUGAUCAUCUUCCAGGAAUCAUUAUGAGAGGACCCUUUGUUUUCUACGUGCCCUUGUCUCUAUCCUACACUUUUUUCCCAGUCGUAGCUGAGGCCUUAGAAGAACUCAACCUAAUGAAUACCGAGUUGGGUCAGCUCGCCAUGUCUUCUGCAAUGCUCAAUGAUUUCAUUUUCUGGUUCUUCUUAGGACUCUCUGUUGCUUUUAAGCAAGAUACAAUUAGCCAUUCGAUCCGGGCUAUGUUUUCUUUCAUUGUACUAGCGAUUUUCACGUUCACUGUUGUACGCGGACGUGUAAAGUUAAUUAUCAGGAAAACGCCGAUUGGUAAACCAAUAAAUGAUGUUUAUAUCGUUUGUGUAUUAGUUGGUGUUUUAUUUAUGGCACUUGCCUCGGACUUUAUUGGUUCGACUUCUCUUCUUGGUCCUUUACUACUUGGGUUAGUCAUACCUGCAGGACCCCCACUUGGGUCAGCACUAGUACAAAAAACAGAAUGUUUUGUGUCAGAGUUUCUACUGCCUUUAUUGUUUGUGCAAGUGGGUUACAGCACAGAUUUGAAAAUAAUUCGGAACUGGGAAAUGUUUGCAAAAUUUCAGAUCAUCAUUGUUCUGGGGUAUUUAUCCAAAUUUGUUGGAACUUUGCUGUUUUCUCUCUCCUGCAAGAUCAAAUUCAAAAGUGCUAUCUUGCUUUCUCUCAUUAUGAAUAUCAAGGGUCUCCUUGAGCUCAUCAAUCUUCAUCGAUGGAUUUUCAGUACGUACAUAGAUGAACAAACAUACACUCAACUAGUUUUGUCCACACUUGGGGUGACCAUGAUCGUGACACCUUUGAUAGAUAUCUUGAGCAGGAGCCGAACACGACUUGACCUGUCUUGCCGCAACAGAGGCCUAAGAACCCUUUGCUCUAUGCCUAAAAACACCGAGUUUCGAAUCCUUUGCUGUGUCCACGACGAAGAAAGUGUCCACAGCUUGAUUACCCUCCUAGAGGCAUCAAAUCCUAUAGAAUCAAGCUCGAUAUGCACCUACUUAGUCCAAACUUCCGAGCUGAUUGGUCUAGCCGCGCCUCUUCUAGUCCCCUACGACAAAAAGAGGAGGAAACUCAAGCUGGCGUUCUCGGCCAGCACUGACCAAAUCAUCCGUGCCUUUGAAAACUAUGCUAAAAACUCAAGAGGCCCUGUUAUGAUCCUGCCUUUCAUCAUGGUUGCUUCGUACAAGACAAUGCACGAGAGUGUUUGUCGUCUAGCUCAAGAGAAGUUUAUCCCUCUAAUCAUCCUCCCCUUCCAACUCAACAACCGCUACAGCGGAAUCAAUGCCCAUUUACGCCAGUUCAACGCCAACGUCCAAGCCUACGCUCCAUGCACAGUGGGGAUCCUCGUGGACAAGGGAUUCUCGUGCGGUAUGAGCUUGAUCCACUUCUCCUACCACGUCAUUGUGAUCUUUCUCGGUGGACCUGAUGACCGCGAGGCCUUGGCCUACGCCACUAGAAUGUCAGACAAUCGAAUGACAGUCACAGUCACGGUCCUCAGAAUCAUUCUGCUAAGAAAUGUGGAAGAAGAGGAAUCCCAAGAAGCAACAGAGAAAAGUAGUGAUGAGGCUGCAUUAGACGAGUUGGUGGUGGAAGAGUUCAAGAUCAAGAAUAUUGGUAGUCUGUCCUCGCUUUGGAAGGAGGUCACAGUGGACGACGUGGUGGAGGUUAUGAAUACCAUCAGAUCAGUUGAAGGGCACUACGACCUGGUGAUGGUGGGGAGACGGAGGAGCUGGUCGGCCAUGAUGAUGGGAGAUGAUGAAAUGAUGGAUUUUGUGGAGAAUGAGGAGCUUGGGUUGAUAGGUGACAUGUUAGCAUCGUCUGAUUUUUGUGGAGGAAAGGUGUCUGUUUUGGUUAUGCAACAUUAUAGGGAAGGUGUAACAACAACUCGUUCAGGCUCUAACAAGUCGCUUAUUGAAAAAGUCCAAUUGCUCACACGUCAUGCCUCACGUUAAUUAUGACAAGAUUUUGUUGUUGUACUUGUUGUUGUUGUUGUUGUUGUUACUAGCUUAGUUUGUUUGGUUUAAGUUACUUAGAUAGAUCAAUGUCACGAACCUAGAUUUAUAUAAAUGGGGUUUUUUAGUUUGACUUUGUUACACGAUGUAAAGUCUAUUCUUGCCCAUCAAAACACGAAAUGUUCUGUAUAUUAUAGAGAUUCUCAGAAUUACUUGUAGUUAUCAAUUUGAUAAUUUAGACUAAUUGAAUCAAAUGUUUUAGUUAGUGGUUAAACAAUUUAUGUACUUUUACAACAAUGCUAAAAGGCAAAUUUAUGCGAUGUUUAACACUACACAAUAAUAAAGAUUAUUAUUAAAAUGUCAAACUUAUUAUUAUAUGUAAAUGUUGUUAGAGUGUAGUGUGGUACAUGUUUAGGGCUUCAUUCAGUUCCUUACAUUCAAAAAGUAAAAUGAAAUUUUUUUUGUAUCUCAUUUUGUCUCACCCAUUUAACAAUCACCCCCAUUGAGCUUUAUUUCCUCCUGCCCACAUAAAGAUUAUUAAAAGAAAAUGUAAAACGACAUAGCUUGUCCUGUGGAUAUGACGAUAUACUGAAAUGGAAUUUGCCAUGAAUUGGAAAAAUUACUUUUCUUCUCCUCUAAUUACUGUUAGUACUUUGUUUUUAUUUGAUCAAAUGGAUACCAUAUUGUUAAUGGGUGGUUUAGAAUAAUUUAUUUGUUACUUUUUUCUUUUUUAUUUGAGUCAAAGAUGUUAGGAAUAAAGAUUUUUUUGUUAAAAAAUAGUAUAUCAUAAUGUAUUAAAUUAAUUUAAAUACCACAAAUCAAUUUAUUUGAGAGUAUUUCAAAGAAAAAGAAAAUUGUCUACAUAGUUAAUAAUAUGUAAGAAAAGUAGUUAGUUGAGUUGGCACACUUGUAUUAGUUUAAUACAUUAUGGAACACCAAUUUUUCAUUAGUAAUCUUAAUUCCAGAUCCUAGUCCUACAGUUUUUUUUGCUCAAAAUAGAUC